AUGACAGAUAUUGCCUUCACUUACCUACUGAUUCUCCUUUCCCCAUGAAUUGAGAAAGUAUUUUUGGUAACUGAAUACAGGUAUACUACAAAUCAAAUGGUAUUUCUAAAAUCACUGGAGAAAUUCUAGCAAUGAGUUCCUCAGCAUUAGAAACUGGUGUGGAAUGCUAUGUUAGUGACAAUGGGGAGCAGCCACUCUACUCCAAAAUGGAUGAAGCUUGCUUGGUUGUCCACAAUUCUGAUGCCCUGAAUAGCAUCGAACUUUAUGGCCAGAGCAAAGAAUGCUACAAGUGCACAUUUUGGCACUACGCAACAUUGCCUCCCAAUGGCAGCGCUUCCCUCAUAGUCAACACCACAUACCCCACCUUACUGAGCACCAAACAUCUGCAUACUCGACUCUAUGGAUUUGAGGCUCACUUCAAAGAGUCAGCUUCAUACCUGCUGACUCUGAACAGCAGUGGCUACUCUAUUUCACUCACACACAACAGCGAUGGACCUUACCACCCUCUGCUGUAUGCGUUGCUGUUCUACUUCAUGCUGCUCAUGGUGUAUCUGUUGGCCUCACUCCUUCAGUCCCGUAUGGAUAGCAGCUCAGAUGAUACGGAGACGGCCCCAAUCUUGCGAGCGUCACGGACGAGCGUAAAUGACAUAUCAGAGCCUGGCCCAGGCAAUGACCAAAGUAGCAGUAGCUUUAAUCCAGCAACUUUUGCUCCUGCUACUUCAACAGAAGCAGAAAAUGCACUGGCUGAUACAAGCGUGAAGCAAAGAUCGGGAAAACUGCUUUCUCUGGAUGUCUUCAGAGGGUUCACCAUUGCUCUCAUGAUCUUCGUGAACUACGGUGGUGGGAACUAUUAUUUCUUCCAGCACGCGCCCUGGAAUGGCCUGACAGUUGCUGACCUCGUCUUCCCGUGGUUUGUUUGGAUCAUGGGAGUGUCGAUGAUGUUCUCUUUCAAAGCUCAAUUCAGACGUGAGGUCACUCGGCAGGCUAUAGUGUGGAAAAUUAUCAAGCGAUCUGUCAUUUUAUUUUCUCUAGGCUUGGUUAUUAACGGGAUUAGCAACAGUAACUUGACAACGUUCCGUAUUCCAGGCGUGCUGCAGAGACUCGGAGGCUGCUAUUUAUUUGUAGGAAUCAUGGAGGUGCUCUUAUUUGAAGCUCCUGAACUAGCAUCAGCAGAGUACUGGGGAGGCUGGUACAUGUUUAGGGACUUAGUGCAGCCAUGGUUGCAGUGGAGCAUCACCAUAGGGCUUGCUAGUAUCCAGGCAGUAAUAACAUAUGUACUACCAGUACCAGGAUGUGGUAGGGGUUACCUUGGGCCUGGAGGUCUACACAACUACGGCAUGUACAGUAACUGCACAGGCGGAGCUGCUGGCUACAUCGACAGGUUAAUAUUCACCAGCAACCACAUUUACCGCAGUAGCACCGCGCGAAAAAUCUACCAGAACUCCGUGUCCCACGACCCUGAAGGCCUCCUUGGAUACCUCACGUCCAUCCUGCUGCUCGAGAUGGGCGUGGCUGCAGGUCGGAUCCUUAUCACAUACGAUGACCACAAAAACAGAGUUUUUCGACUACUGACUUGGGCCGUAACUUCGGGCAUCGUGGGCGGUGUCCUAUGUGAAUUCAAGAAAGAAGAUGGCAUCGUUCCCGUCAACAAGAAUCUUUGGUCACUAAGUUACGUCUUGAUUACUGCAAGCUUUGCCUUCAUUCUUUUCAGUGCGUUUUACACUAUCAUUGACUGGCAUAAAAAAUGGGGCGGCAAUCCUUUCUGUUUUGCAGGCUACAAUUCAAUUCUUUUGUAUGUUGGACACGAGCUCAUGAUGGGGAUAUUUCCGUUUGGUUGGACGCCCGUGGGGCCUUACCACGGCACAUACUUGUUGCUUGCUCUCUGGGGCGCUUCUUUGUGGAUGUUCAUUGCGUAUGUUUGUCACAGGAAACAAUUUUAUGUUUCUAUUUAGACGUAACUUUGAACCUGGAUGAGAACAUUUAAACUUUUAUUUUAAACCUGGAUGUGAAAUUUUUUUCAAACUGGGGACGCUUCUAGCAAAUAGAUCAUAUCUGCUGUAUCAGUAUUGGUCUUGACAUGCAAGAUUUACUAAUUACUGAACAUUUAUUGUGCGUCUUUCUGUAGAUUAUGAAGACAUUUCUUGAAAUGAUUAUCAAGAAGGAAAUAUUAAUGUAAUGCAAUGCUUAAUUUUUAUUAUUCAUUUUCGA